GCCAUUAGGGUUGGCUCCGAGCCGGUCAUUUGGAGAUUUGUUGACGGCCAGCUGGUUGACGGAUUCCCGACGCCAAUCCCGUGCUUUGAGUUUUUCAGUGUUUUAUAGUCCGUGAAUAGUGGAGAGUAAUUGUCACGCAUCAACUAAAACUGGGCGAACUACAAGUCGUAUUCCACAGCGAUGAUAGGUCUAUCGCAAAGUUUAGCGCUAUUUGGCGUUCUACUGCUUUAUAGUCUGACGGUAGUGAUUGUUAGUGGAAAUGAUGCCAAAGUUGUUGGAGGGCAGUCAUCCCAGAGUCGCGUUCCAUAUCAAAUAUCUCUGCAGAUUAUGACCAGAUCGUAUUAUGGGCUCGGACCGUUGGAGUGGAUGCAUAAUUGCGGAGGCUCUGUUGUUUCCGAAAAAUAUGUGGUGUCGGCAGCUCAUUGCCUAGAUGGUAUUGAUCCUGCCCGGCUUUCGGUGGUAUCCGGAACAAACGACCUUCGCAAUAACGGAAACAAAGGAACGCGUCAUUUGGUUGACUGGACGCUGAUUCAUCCGGACUAUAUCGAGCUGAAUCGAAGUGAUAUCGGACUAAUCCGGGUGGUGGAACCUUUCACAUUUGGUGCCAAGGUUCAACCGAUAUCGUUCUCCGAAAAACAGGUAGGCGGUGGAGUAGAAUGCCUUCUAACUGGAUGGGGCUACACAAUGCCAAUUCGGAUCGGUAGAACACCGCAGGAUUUACAAGAGGCUUACGUGAAGACGAUUACUAAUGAAGAGUGCCGCAGUCGUGGGUUCCCCGUGAAUCCUACGGAGAUUUGUACGUUCACAAGAGCUGGACAAGGUGCCUGUGGGGGUGAUUCAGGUGGGCCGUUGGCUUGCGACGAUGAGCUUGUCGGAGUGGUAUCGUACGGAACGCGAUUCUGCGGUAUCGGAUCUCCAGACGUGUUCACUCGGAUGUCCGAGUUCAAAGAAUGGAUUGAUGCAAACCAGAGUUAAAAGUUCUGAUUGUUAAAAGACUUGAUACAUGUUCCUGUUUGUUGUGAAUACAUAUUUCUUUUUUAAAUGCAA